CGUGUUAUGGUGUUUCCAACAGUCGCUAGACGCUGUGCGUCAUUGUGUUAUGACCCGGAUGAAGUUGCAUUCAACUUUAUAUCCCACAAUUCCUUUCUCGGUCUUCCUCUUUCUCUGCUGCAGCGAUGUCCAAGAGAGGACGUGGUGGUUCGUCUGGAGCCAAGUUCCGCAUCUCACUGGGUCUCCCAGUGGGAGCGGUCAUCAACUGUGCUGACAACACAGGUGCUAAGAACCUGUACAUCAUCUCCGUAAAGGGCAUCAAGGGACGCCUGAACCGUCUGCCUGCAGCAGGAGUGGGUGACAUGGUCAUGGCCACAGUCAAGAAAGGCAAGCCAGAGCUCAGAAAGAAGGUGCAUCCUGCAGUAGUGAUACGGCAGCGGAAAUCGUAUCGGCGAAAAGAUGGUGUGUUUCUCUACUUUGAAGACAAUGCGGGUGUCAUAGUAAACAACAAAGGAGAAAUGAAAGGUUCAGCCAUCACAGGCCCAGUGGCCAAAGAGUGUGCUGAUCUGUGGCCCAGGAUUGCCUCAAACGCUGGCAGCAUUGCCUGAGCUGGACCCUGCACCUCUGACAAUUUUCAAUAAAAACUGUUGUUAAUCAA